AUGUCGGCGGCAUUAGAGAUCAUUACCUUGAAGGGACGAUACUUCUGGCGUGGGGACAAACGGGCGGCCACAACACCGAGAAAGUGCAUUCGUCGAAACGAUCCUCCGGCCUCGUACACGGCUUCUCUUCUGCAACACUACUUCAAGACUCUGGACGUCAUGUCGCAAUACAAGAAUACUCUGGGCGUUCUCGCGGCUAACGUACUGGUCAACAAUCAUGCUUCCGAGGCGUGCGUUCCCGUUAUCGCUGCUGUGGUCCGGGGCAUGAAGCAGUAUAUGAGGCUGAAAGCCGACGCUACGGGCCAGAGGAUUCUCCCUGUUGGAUACGCGGCCGCCGCAAGUGAUGACCGCAAUCUGGCGUUGGAGAAUUCUCUGCCAGGCUUCUCGCCGAAAUCUUGGUCGUCGGAAUCGAAGUCAUUCGGAUCGAAAUCUUCGGCGUCCGCCAUCUCGCAGGCUGUAGACGUUGAUGUCGGACUUUUGUUGCUCGGUGAAGUGAACGUCGCCAGAUCAUCUUGA